AUGCGCUGCUACUACCGGUACACCGUCUCAAGACUGACAUCAAUAGUUAACAUUGCAUUGUCCUUCGCCAGGAGAGGAUUUCGCACUGGUAUCCUCGACACGGAUAUAUUUGGCCCGUCCAUACCGACUCUCUUAAACCUGUCUGGAGAACCGCGUCUUGACGGGAAUAACUGCCUCGUUCCUUUGACGAAUUAUGGCCUCAAAUCGAUGUCGAUGGGAUACCUGCUCCCGCCGCCCCCAGAGGAUGCGAGACACUUGACGGACGAUCCGAACUCGCCUCUUAUGGAUACAACCCCGAUAUCAUGGCGCGGCCUUAUGGUUAGCAAGGCAAUGAAUCAGCUUCUUCACUCUGUGUCUUGGGGCCCAUUGGAUAUUCUCAUACUGGACCUACCGCCAGGAACAGGAGAUGUACAGCUCACAAUCAAUCAAGAGAUCGUGGUUGAUGGCGCGGUCAUUGUGUCGACACCUCAAGAUAUUGCACUGCGUGAUGCUGUUCGAGGUUUCGGGUUGUUUGAAAAGAUGAAUGUUCCUGUGCUAGGGAUGGUACGGAAUAUGGCUUAUUUUGCUUGUCCGCAUUGUGGGAAGCAAACAAAGAUCUUUUCUCGAUCGGGUAGUACCACCUCUGUGAAAGACGAAGUGGAUGAACAUGAACAUAGCGAUAAUACCGGCGUAGUUGCAGCUUGCAAACGCCUCGGAAUCGACUUCCUAGGAGAUAUCCCCCUUGAUGCGCGAGUUUGUGAAGAUGCGGAUAGGGGUAUGCCCACUGUGGUUGCAGAGGAGCGAGACGAUAGAAGUGCUCGACGAAAUGCCUUUUUGGACGUCUCUAAAAAGGUUGCUGAGAAAAUAGGGCUUCAAUGGUGA